AUGCACCUGCCGGGCUGCGCGCCCGCCAUGGCCGACGGGAGCUUCUCACUGGCCGGCCACCUGCUCCGCAGCCCGGGCGGGAGCACCUCGCGGUUGCAUAGCAUCGAGGCCAUCCUGGGGUUUACCAAGGACGACGGGAUCCUCGGCACCUUCUCGGCGGAGCGGAGCGUCCGGGGCGCGAAGGAGCGAGAUAGGAAGCUGGGCUCGCGGCCCGCCUGCCCCAAGGCGCCCGCGGAAGGCUCCGAGCCCUCCCCGCCGCCAGCCCCGGCGCCAGCCCCGGAGUACGAAGGCCCUCGUCCCUACGGCCCCAAGGAGUCCGGGGAGGCACGACCGAGCCCAGGGCUGCCCAUUGGACCAGCCCCCGGCGACGUGAAGCUGUCGGAGGAGGAGCAGCCCAAGAAGAAGCACCGGCGGAACCGCACGACUUUCACCACGUAUCAGCUGCAUGAGCUGGAGCGCGCGUUCGAGAAGUCCCACUACCCCGACGUGUACAGCCGCGAGGAGCUGGCCGGCAAGGUCAACCUACCCGAGGUCCGGGUCCAGGUGUGGUUCCAGAACCGACGGGCCAAGUGGCGGCGGCAGGAGAAGCUGGAAGUGUCGUCCGUGAAGCUGCAGGACUCGCCCCUCCUCUCCUUCAGCCGCUCCCCGCCCUCCGCGGCUCUGGCGCCCCUCGGGUGGGCCCCGGCCUGCAGCUACACGCCGCCGCCGCCGCCCUUCCUGAACUCCCCGCCGCUGGGCCCCGGCCUGCAGCCUCUCGGGCCGCCGCCGCCGCCCGCCUACCCGUGCGGGCCCGGCUUCGGGGACAAGUUCCCGCUGGACGAGGCGGACCCGCGCAACAGCAGCAUCGCGGCGCUGCGCCUGAAAGCCAAGGAGCACAUCCAGGCCAUCGGGAAGCCGUGGCAGGCCCUCUAG